AUGGGGGCUAGUAGUGAUCCGAACCAGGACGGGUCCGACGAGCAGCAGAGACGAUCGGAGAUCUACACAUACGAGGCGCCUUGGCACAUAUACGCUAUGAACUGGAGCGUCCGCAAGGACAAGAAGUACCGUCUCGCCAUAGCCAGCCUUCUGGAGCAGUUCCCCAACCGGCUGGAGAUCGUCCAGCUUGACGACUCCAAUGGUGAGAUCCGCUCCGACCCGAACCUCUCCUUCGAGCACCCAUACCCACCCACCAAGGCCAUCUUCAUCCCCGACAAGGAGUGCCAGAAACCGGACCUUCUGGCCACCUCCAGCGACUUCCUCCGGGUCUGGCGAAUCGCCGACGACAACAGCCGCGUGGAAAUGAAAAGCCUCCUCAACAACAACCGUAACAAUGAGUACUGUGGUCCCCUCACCUCCUUUGACUGGAACGAGGCGGAGCCCAAGCGCAUUGGCACAUCCAGCAUCGACACCACCUGCACCAUUUGGGACAUCGAGAGGGAGACCGUCGACACGCAGCUGAUCGCCCACGACAAGGAAGUCUACGACAUCGCUUGGGGUGGUGUUGGGGUCUUCGCCUCUGUCUCGGCCGACGGAUCAGUCAGGGUCUUCGAUCUCCGCGACAAGGAGCACUCCACCAUCAUCUACGAAAGCUCCGAGCCAGAUACCCCUCUUGUCCGCCUGGGUUGGAACAAGCAGGACCCCAGGUACAUGGCCACCAUCAUCAUGGACAGCGCCAAGGUGGUGGUCCUCGAUAUCCGCUUCCCCACUUUACCAGUCGUGGAACUGCAGAGGCACCAGGCCAGUGUGAAUGCCAUCGCCUGGGCUCCGCAUAGCUCUUGCCACAUUUGCACCGCCGGAGAUGAUUCCCAGGCGCUCAUCUGGGACCUGUCCUCUAUGGGUCAGCCAGUCGAGGGUGGAUUGGAUCCCAUUCUGGCAUACACUGCCGGUGCUGAAAUUGAGCAGCUGCAGUGGUCCUCGUCCCAACCUGAUUGGGUUGCCAUUGCCUUCUCAACGAAGCUUCAGAUUCUGAGGGUAUGA